AUGUGCUCCGGCACGGACGGUCCUAUACUGGCUUUGCGUGAGUUCGCUGAAGCGGCCACCGCCUGCGGCUAUCCGGGACUCCUUCAGUACGACCAUGUCUUCAGCGUUGAGAUCGACCCGUUCAAGCAAGCCUUCAUUGGUCGCAACGCAGCUCCUUCAGGCCCAAUCUUUCGCAAUGUCGUCGACGUUGGCAUGCCCGGAGCUACUCAGGCCAUGACGGCUUCCGGAGCCAUGGCCGACAUCCCCUUGGGAAUCGAUAUCCUCAUUGCUGGAAGCUCUUGCGUCGACUUUUCGAGUCUGAACUAUGCCAAGAACGACAAGAAGAAGGAAUCUGUCGUUGAUGGUCUUGAGAAAAUCUUCGAAAGCAUCAAGGAUGAGAAGGGAGAGUCAACCAAGACUUUUCUGUCCAUUCUCAUGUAUACCCACGCCCAUCGGCCCAAGAUUGUCAUUCUGGAAAACGUCACAAGAGCCCCUUGGGACCAAUUCAAGGACUUCUGGCUGCCAAGCAUCGGAUACGUGGCGGCGUACGUCCAAGUCGACUCCAAGAAUUUCUUGGUCCCUCAAACGAGGCAGAGAAAAUAUCUAAUCGGAGUGGAUGCUCGCCACUACGGAAACAAGGCCAAAGGGAUCGUUAAUACCUGGGCCAAGCUCAUGGAUAUUACGCAGUGGUUCAAGAACCCGCCCGACCUCCAAAAGUUCUUACUUCCCCCGUCCGACCCGCGCGUUCUUCAGGCCCGAUUCCAAUUGGAGCGGGCGCUGCUCUCAAAGCCGAAGAGGGAUGUCGAGGCUGUUCAUUGUGCAGCCGAUCACAGGGCCGCACGUCGAAAGGAGAAGCUCGGCGCGUCGAACCCGUAUACUCGGAUGGAUGACAGAGGCAAUGUUCAGCCCCGCGAGGACACCUGGCAGGGCGUCAUCUCAGUGUAUACUUGGCGCAUGCAAGAUCUACUGGACAUUGAAUACCUGAGAGCGCAAAAAAGGGGUUACGAUUUCACCCACAAAAUGUUCAUCCUCGACGUCGGACAGAACGUUGAUCGACAAAGUGGAAGGCUAGGUGUCAUUCCGUGUGUCCUUCCUUCAGCGGAUCUCUUCCUCUCUUAUGAUGGCCGACCUCUGUUGGGACUCGAGUGCCUCGCCGUGCAGGGCAUUCCCAUUGACCGCAUCUCGCUUUCUGUCGAGGGAGAGAAUCAGCUCAAGGACCUUGCCGGAAACGCGAUGACGACCACCGUGGCCGGUGCAGCUAUUCUCUGUGCCAUCGUUGCCGAGUUCAAGUCCAAGAGGAAUACAUCGCGUACCGCCCUCGGCGAGACCAUGGCUUGGCAGAAGAUCGUCUCCCACGGCUGGGAUGGCAAUAAGUCAGUCGAGUUUUUCUGCACUCUCUGCCUCAAUGGAUGCCGAAAAUGUCGCUGCGAUGCCUUCCGCAAGCAUAAAAACACCGGUGUCUAUUUGCGAUGCAAGGACUGCAAUGAGACGCGCUGCGAAAGCUGCGCGGGCAACCCUGAUCACGACUUCAAUAAAGCUAACCCCAUCAACGACAAGAUGUCCAUCGACAGGAGUACCGCUCAUGAGCUUGCGAUCGCUGCCUUUCCAGCACAUCUCUACAUCGAUUGGGCAGGUAUUGAUGCCGCUCAAGGUGUCGACAUUCUCAGCGAUCUUGAUAAGCAGACCUUUGGCAACCACCUCGAGGCUCUGCACAUCGGAAUCCAGACCUGUGCAGGCGGAGUUCACUACUACCAGACCGACCUUAAGUUCAGAGACGACCUGACUGUGACUUACGAAUCCGAAAAGUCCAUCGUCAUCAUUGUCGUUACCAACAAGGACAUUACCUGGAACAUGCGCCUGAGACCCGUUUAUGUCGAACUCGGGCAUCCAUCGACUCAGAACGACAUUUCAGCCAACGAAGCAGCAGCUCGAUUGGCUAUUCUAGGUUACGACCUUCGCCAGCCCCUCUUGAAGGCAAAGCUGUUUGUCCAACACCAAAUCAACGUGGAUCUGGUUCAAGAACGCGCUCACGACCCAAGAAUCGAUGGCUUCAAUCAGCAGCUUGUCGACCUCAGCGGCGUUGCACCCCAUCUAGUGAACGACGUCGCCAAUGUUAUCAAUGGAGAUUACCGCUUCACUGACAAGUGCGCAACCCCAUUGGGGCUUCUUUUGACCAAGAACGACUCUUUCGGCCCGGUAUACAUGAUGAUCCAUACCAACUGCAAUGGAGCUGCCGAGACCGACCGAUGGGUUUUGACGAAGGACCCUAGAAAACUUGAGCCAGAUCAAGUUCGAGAUAUCAUCUGCGUUUUCCCCCAAGGCUUCAAGCACUAUAUGUACGAGGAACAGCAUUUUGGCUUGGCAGUUACGGCCACGCUGCCUGGAGUGUACACGUCUUUGCCGUCCGCCCUGGGUAUCACCGUCCACGAGCGUGAUCCAGCCCUCUAUGUUGGCCUCAACGACCUGCAGCAGAACCAUAUCAGAAACGUCGACUGUCAAUCUUCAAUCCCGUCCAUUGUUAUCAAAUUGGACAAAACCGACAUGCACUUUCCAGUCAAGUCGCUCCUGACUCAGCUGACGCCCCCUUUCGGUACGAACAGCACGGAAGCUUCGCCCGAUGUUUGGUUCACGAUUGCCCAGCAUGAGAUCAAGGAUGCGUUGGCAUUGACGUCAUCGGCCAUCAACAAAUUGUCGGCAUCAGCGUGUGCCGAUCGUCUUAUAGUCGAUAACAUCAAGCUGAAUUCCAGUGAUGCGUGCCAGAGAUGCUCACCGAAUGCUCCGAAGGCUCUUCACCACUGGGAUGCGGAUGGCAGUGUCGUACGAAUCGAGAACGAGGCACUGGCGACUCAAACGGAGCAGGCUAUGCUGCGACGGCCAGCUCCUCUCGAGAUCCAGGCCCGACUGGAGCCGAAUGAAGCUGGUGGACUCGAUGUGCUAAGCAUGAAGAUCCUGCUUAACCCAGCUUCGCUCGUGCACCGGGCGCAUGGUUACUUUCCGAUUCACAAAGACGUCAUGUCACCCAUGGUCCGCUCAGCUCGCGGAAGUGGCAAUUUCCGUGCGGAAUUCAGCUAUUUCGAGCCCAGCCUGAAGGGGCUGUCCCCCUUCAAGGACAGUAUGCGCGCUGUUCAGGCAGGAGCCUACCGUGCCGGACGCUCCAAACAGCCACCUAACUUUGUCCUGAAUGGAAUGAGUUUGCGUCCAGAUCAGAUCGAGGCUUGUCAGUGGAUGAUGAACCGGGAAAAGGACGAGACCUUCACCGAGAGGGAAUUCGAGGAGCGUGUUCUUCCAUCUGUGAGCGUGCGCUUGACUGCGGUUGCAAAGCUCAAGAAUUCUGCCCGAGGAGGUGUCCUUGCCCACGACAUUGGCUAUGGCAAGACUGUAGUUACACUUGGUCUUGUUGAUUACACGACCAGCUCCGAGGAUGCAGAGUUCUCCACUCUGGAGCGUGCUCAAUGGUUGGGGACCACGUCGUUCAUCCACAUCAAGGCAACUUUGGUCAUUGUGCCACCUCACAUCGUCUCGCAGUGGGCCAAAGAAGCCAAGAGAUUCGUUAAACAGCUCCGAACUCUCGUGCUCACCAAAACGACUGAUAUCUCACGGAAAAGCAUGGAAAAGGCAGACAUCAUCAUUGUCAGCAGCACCCUGAUGUCUUCCGAGAAGAACAUUGACAAGCUCGCUGCAAUCGCUAAGAUGCCGUCAAUCCGUCAGAAGAGGUCGAACCGAGACUUCCAAGACUGGCAUUACGAAAUCGUUGAUACCAUUAAGCAUGCCGCCUUUGAUCACAAGGACUCCAAUAACCCAGGAAAUGCCCAUAUCGAGGCGAGGAUCCAAGACCGCCGCACUUACAGCAAUGAUUGGGUCCGGAUGGCCGCGGCCAACACUGUGGGAGCUAGUGAUCGCAAGACGCAGCAGACCGCCAAAACGGUGCAGAAGAAGAAGGGCAAGGUAGCAAAGCCCAAGACGGUCGUCAACAUUGAUGUGAAGAAGGCCUUCCAGAAUGGCGAGGUACUCGAAAUGUACACCUACCACCGCGUUGUCUUUGAUGAGUUCUCGUAUGAGAACACAUCCGUUGCAGCCUUCUUCCAAAACGCUGUCGCGUCCUCGAAAUGGGUCCUCUCAGGUACACCGCCUACCAUCAAUCUUGGUCAGAUCUGCGAGACUGCAGCAUUGCUCAAUGUCCAUGUUGCGCGACCAACAUCAUCAAUGCCGGGAUUUUUCCCCAAUGUCACGACUGGGCCCAAGGUAUCCGAGCUGACUGACGCCGAAGCAUUCCGCAGCUACACAGAGCCCUUGUCCGCUCAGCUCGCGGCCGAUCGCCAUGAGCAAGGAGAGAAGUUCCUUCUUCACUACCUGCGGAAGAACAAGACGGAUGUUCAGGGCGUGGAGAUGGAUGAGUUGGUCUUCUUCACUCCCAUGAACCACCAAGAAGCCUUUGUAUACAACUUUGUACAGCGGGCCCUUCAUGAUGCCAAGUGGGACGUUGAAAGCAUGCCUUGCGGUCUCGGUGUUUUCCUUCGCACCAUAUUGGACGAAGAGAUGAUUCAGGGUGCCGGUUCGAAGGUUAAAGCUGCCGGAAAAUCUAUGUGGUCCGAUGCAGUUGACGGGUUACUUCUCCUGUCUUCGUUGUCCGUUUCAUUCAGCCGAAACGGUUUCGAGGAGAUGGGGUGGACAGAACCCAACGCGGACUUGAGUCUCGAGGGUCUCAGCAAUGAAGCCUCUGCUGCAUCUGGUGUUCACCUCAGCCAUUGCAUUCAGAUUUUGGUAUCCCUUUUUGACCAGAUGAUGUACCUGGCGAACAUGGUUUCUAAGGAGGUUGACGCAAGCGCUAGCUCCAAGACCAAGAAAGAUGCCUACUCUGGCCAUAUAGAAGAUAUUUGCGACUUUAUGAGAAACGCCAAUGGCGACUCCGAUGAUACUGGGUUCAUCAACUUUCUCAAUCAUGCGAUCGUCCACCGAAGCCGCGAAGAUUACGCCACUACUCGAGAAGACCCUUGGGACUACAAGAACUGGUCCGAGUGGCUGGGAGGCCCUGGAACGUACAAUUCUGCCGAUUGGUGGCUCCUCGACCCGAAUCACGAUUUGUCUGAUGGUGAAUUGGCCAGCUUGCGGGAGCGGUGGAUUGUCCCUGCCGAUGGCAAAGUCGGUACCCGAGAGGCCCUCAUCAACAUCAUUCGCCAAAAGCAGGACAGCAAGGAUGAUAGCGAGGAAACGGCUUUGGCCCUCGGACUGAAGACAACUGGCGAUAUUGCAGCUCGACUCAAGAAGCAUUUCGAUGGAAAAGCUACGAAGGACGACUUUGAAUUCGGCAUCCAGAUCCCAGCUCACCGACCACAAAAGGGCAAGACGAUCAAGCCCCGAGGACAGGCCAUUGAUGAGACUUUAAACAGUCUCAUAUCGGUUGUGCAGAGCGUUCAGGCUGGUAUCAAGCUCGCGAUGGAGGCAUGGCGGCGGUGUAUGUUUAUGAUGAAGUUAGACCACGUUCUGCAUGGAACGCUUCCCAUCACCUGCAACGUUUGUGAUCGCGUUGCUUCUGAUUCCGACAGUCUCCAUUCUAUUGCAUGCGGUCACUCACUUUGCAAGGAGUGCUUUGGCACUUUUACUGAGGCUGGAAAUCAGAAGUGUCCUGCUCAAAGCUGCAAGGCAUUCAGUCGCGGCUCUUUUAUGCCCGGCGAGAUGUUUGCCGCGCCCGCGACUCUGCAGAACGAUAUCUCGGCAACUCCAAGCGCGAAGCUCCACAACAUUGAUCACGUCAUUACCAACAAUGUCCAUGGCGACGAGAAGGCCUUGGUCUUUGCUGCGUAUGCAGGCAUCAAGAAAGAGGUCUACGACUACUUGUCUCGCGUCCAUGCACAUGACAUUGGUAUUUACAUGACCGACGGAAGCGACCAGGACUCGGACACUAUCGACGAAUUCAAGGCGCAUCAUGGAAAGGCCGUUCUGAUCCAGAGUCUCAUGUCUUCGGAGUCCGCUGGCACCAAUCUGACCGAGGCGAAUCACAUCAUAUUUGCUGGAGUUCUGUUUACAGACUCGGACAGCUACGACAUGUACAUGAGACAGGCCAAGGGACGUCUCAUUCGACACGGACAGAAGCGGCCAGUCUUUAUCUAUCACUUCAUUACCCCGGCGACUCUUGAGUUUGAUCUGUUCAACAAAAGACAUGGCAACCGCAUCUGCAACUUCGGUGAGCAUGGACGGAUUCCCAUCCCGUUCGAGGAUCAGACCAAGGACGCGAGAUUUCCUCUGUACUUCCGUCCGUACUUGGAGAUUGCAUCGGUUGAGAAGCUUCUGCGCUCCGUGGAAUUCGAGGAGUACGAAAAGUGAAUAGCGACCCAGGAGGGCGGCAACAUAGAUUACAACGUACAAUCGAAUAACAGUCAUGGAAUGGAGAUUUGGGAGAAGAUGGUGGUUUGAGAAGGGACGUAUCGACUACAAGAGUCUGAUGGUGUCUCUUUCACGCUAUGAGAGUUUUGGCAAGGGUCACGACUUUCGAGUUUGCUUGGUUCGGGAGGUUUGGAGAGGGAGGUCUGGGAAAUUAUUUUCAGGGGGGAUCCUCAACUUUGUGAGAGUGCAUCACGUUUGUUUGGACCGGCCCAAGAUGGAAGGCCGAUGUCGACCAAGUGGAACGGAUCUGGUUUGUUUGCAGGGCUCGAGAUUGGCAAGGUAGCUCAAGAAAAAAUUCC